UUUAAGGUUCCAGUGUUAUUUGUGCUGUACAGACUCACUGAGGGUGUUACUGUAAACUACCACAGUCGGUGGUCGAGCGAUGAUCGCGUUUACUCCGUUUACUCUGAUCAAUCCAUCUAUGUGCUUUGCGUUGCUCACCUCAUCUGUUCCAGCGAUGCGGCACAUCGGAUUUUGCCUCUGGCUGGUCAGGGCGUAAAUCUAGGCUUCGGCGACGUAAUCUCUCUGGUACACUGGCUUGAAGAAGCGGUAUCACAGGGCAAUGAUAUCGGUAGCCCAGUGUUUUUACAGGAGUACACAUCCGAUCGACAACGAGCAGUUGUCCCGGUUGCCGCGACCAUGGAAUUACUCAAUCUGCUCUACUCCACAGAUGCUUUGGCCGUGAAAAUCGCUCGGAUUGUUGGCUAUGAUCAGGCCUCAUCCGCGCCGUCCACUCUGGCCUCGUGUGUUCACCAGCUGUAUGCCCGUGUGCUAACCACUCUGCGGUCGGCCGGUUUAUCCACGGUCCAGUCGAGCACCCUGACCAAAGUAUGUUUACCGCAUUGA